ACAUAAGCACUAAUUUUUGAAAGUGCCCUGUCCUUGAGUUUUACAUGCUCUCGCUCUCGAUUAUGUCCAUAGAGGCAGAACAAUGGGAUUAAUUUACACUUUCCGCGUCUUAAUCAAAUCAAUUUUGGUCGUUAUUUUGUGGUCCAAAUGCGAGGGUCGGGAGUCAGAGUUUAACUACGUCACCUGCGGUUCGCUUGUGAAAUUGCUGAACACGAGACACAACGUUCGGCUGCACUCUCAUGAUGUAAAAUACGGCUCAGGCAGUGGGCAGCAGUCUGUGACGGGCGUGGAGAGUGCAGAUGAUGCCAACAGUUACUGGAGGAUUCGGGGGAAGCCCGACGGGACCUGCCAACGCGGCGUGCCCAUCCAGUGUGGUCAGGCCGUCCGCAUCACGCACAUGACCACGGGACGCAACCUCCACACACACCACUUCAGCUCGCCGCUGUCCAACAACCAGGAGGUGAGUGCGUUCGGCGAGAACGGCGAGGGGGAUGACCUGGACGUGUGGAAGGUGCAGUGCGACGGCUCCAUCUGGGAGCGGGACGAGGCGGUGCGCUUCAAACACGUCGGCACCGACGCCUUCCUGAGCGUGACGGGUGAGCAGUACGGCAACCCCAUCCAGGGACAGAGGGAGGUGCACGGCAUGGGUACUGCCAACCAGAACAACUACUGGAAGGCUAUGGAGGGUGUGUUCAUUCUCCCCAGCCAAGAACCUCUGAGACACAAUCACGAAGAGCUCUGAUGACAUCGUCAAGCUAACGAGACGCCAUCACGAAGAGCUCUGAUGACAUCGUCAAGCUAACGAGACGCCAUCACGAAGAGCUCUGGUGACAUUGUCAAGCUAACGAGACGCCAUCACGAAGAGUUCUGGUGACAUCGUCAAGCUAACGAGACGACAUCACGAAGAGUUCUGGUGACAUCGUCAAGCUAACGAGACGACAUCACGAAGAGCUCUGGUGACAUCAUCAAGCUAACGAGACGCCAUCACGAAGAGCUCUGGUGACAUUGUCAAGCUAACGAGACGCCAUCACGAAGAGUUCUGGUGACAUCGUCAAGCUAACGAGACGACAUCACGAAGAGCUCUGGUGACAUCAUCAAGCUAACGAGACGCCAUCACGAAGAGCUCUGACGACAACAUCAAGCUAACGAGACGCCAUCACGAAGAGCUCUGAUGACAUCAUCAAGCUCACGAGACGCCAUCACGAAGAGCUCUGGUGACAUCGUCAAGUUAACGAGACGCCAUCACGAAGAGCUCUGGUGACGUCAAGUUAACGAGACGCCAUCACGAAGAGCUCUGGUGACAUUGUCAAGCUGCUGCGUCACGAUGAGCUCUGACGUCAUGACGAGCUCUUGACGACGUCACAAUGAGUGCCGAUGACCUCAUCGGACAUCGUCACAUAAUAUUGCGCCUCGGCUUCGUCUGAAACGGAACCCUUUUCCCUAUUCUAUAAUAUAUACCCACAUGACUGAUCAACAAAAAAAUAGUGCACUAAAAUAGAGAAUAGGGAGCCGCGUCAGACUGCAGGAUGACACUGAUGCAGCUACCUGGGUCAAGAUGGCGCCUAUGACUUUAUGACAUUCUUUUGUAUACCCGUUAGCCAACCGGGAACAACUUUUGGUGACUAUUGACUACUGAAUAUAGGCUUACGUUACGUUAGGAGCGUCCGGCUCUGUGCAGUCGGUCUCUGGUGCCGGGAUCAGACAGGGAGAUGAGAAGGUUGUCUGACGAUGAGCAAAAUGGGAUUGAAGAAUUUGGCUUUGGUUAGUUUGAGGGAGAAUGUGGUAAGGCAGUUGCUCUGCUCUGAUAUCAGAGGUAUUAGCACCUGCCCGCAGGGGGGGGGGGUGAAUCUAUGGGAAACACUGCCAUUUCCAGGUGAAUCUACUGUGCCUGUCUACUCCUUAGCGACCAACAUCCUGAUGGUAAUAAAAACAUGGUCUGGAUUUUUCACUUCCUGUAGCUGCUGUGCUCACCCUUUACCUCUAGCUGCUGUGCUCACCCUUUACCUGUAACAAUGACAUCACAUUUAGACACCACCUACUGUAAGGCCUUUCCCCCUGGGAACAUAACUCACCUGACUUGCUUUUGGGAGUGUUUUCUUAUUGUGUUUAGACUUAAUUUAUGUUUGAAUGUCGGGAAAGGAUAUUGUUUAUUUGUAUGAGGGAAGAUCAGGUGAUAGAAGUUAUUUGGAACACAAUUUUCUAGUCUGUUUAUUUUUAGUUCUCUGCAGUUUUCAUUGUGGGUCAUCGGGGAGGAUAUUUUCUAGUCUGUAAUAUAGAGCCUCAACUCCAUAUGAUAUCAUGAAACACCUUCGUUUGGGCUCGUUGCUCUUUCGACGAUGAAUCACAAUUAAUAAAGACAUUUUGUUUCUGUG